UGCAAAGUUAAGAAAAAAUGGGCAGAAACAUUUUAAUUCUGAAGAUAUAAGAUUAGUAAGAGUUAUAAAAGAAAAGGUCAAAGAACUAAAACCUUUAGAUUUACCUUUAGAUGACUAUUAUUUUAUAAUAGAGAGAUGCAUCUGAAAUAGGAUGGGGAGCUAUAUUAAAACAAAAGCCGAACAAGUACUCUCCAAAAACAGAAGAAAGAAUAUGUAGGAAUGAAGAGAGGAAUGAGUCCUACUGGUGGUGAAAGUUUCAGCUUUGGAACUGAAAACAGAUUGAGAAUCUUUCCACCAAAUACUUAUAAAUUUAAGCCUAAAGACCAUAUUGUCUUAGAUGAAAUACAAGAAUGUGUUUUAGAUAAUUUUUGGUUCCAAUAUAAUAAUAAGAGAGAUGAUAGAGGUUAUAUGCUUGCAAUAUUAAAUAGUUUAGCUGAAUAUUUUCAUAUGAUCAACGGGAAGAUACAGCCAAAAGAUCCAUCUAGCAAUAUAGAAAAGAAACCCAUAUAUGUCAUAUAUAGGGGAAAGACACCAGGAAUAUAUGUAACUUUUGAAGAAGUUAUAGCCCAGCAAAUAGAAAGAGAAAAAGAUGGAGGAAUAUCAUGGAAAAAAUAUCUAGAUAUUGAUCAAGCCCUAUCAUAUGCAAGAAAUAUUUUAGGAAUAAAUUAUUUCCUAGAGCCUGCAGAAAAAGAAUAUAUUCAAAAAUACAGAAAGGCAAAUGAGGUAAAGACAAACUUGCCUGGAAUAAAUAUAAGAGAAGAUGGACCUUUAAGAAUACCCACAUAUAAGGAUGCUGUAAAAAAAGAAGCAUCAAAUGAAGAAUAUGUUGAAAAGAAGAUCAAAGAAAGGCUAGAUUCAAUAAUUCCUCAAUUGAAGAAAGAUAUAAAAGAAGAAAUAUGGCAAGAAGUGAAGCAUGAUAUAAAGGAAAAUUUUGAUCCCAUAAAGAAGGACUAUGAAGAAAAUAUAAAGAAGGAUUAUGAAUCAAAAAUGAAUAUGUCAAUAUCUGAUGAUGAUAUGCUGGAUAUUCGUGGUCAUGGGCAGCAACAAGAGUAUUAAUAAUUAUAUAUUAUGAAAAUUAAAUAUGUGUUAAUAUUUAAGAUACCUGCCAGUGUUGAUAAGGAGUUAUCAACAAUUUCGCCGUGGGAUAAGGAUAAGCA